UAUAUUAUCAGACAUCAGACAUAUUAUUCUGUAGCAGCAGUGUUACAAGAAUUUAAAAUUAAUUCAAUUCAAUUCCUUCAAAAUCUAGAUUAAAACUUAAAACUUAAAACUAUGAUUUCUCCGUCACCUACAUCGUUUCAUUCUAUUUUUGUGUCUACAACUAUAAGCUUAGCUUACAAUUGCUUAACAUGGUCAUGAAUUUAGAACUUAAUAAUUAAUAUGGCCUUUUUAUAAUUUAUUAAUAAAAAUCAUAUUUAUUAAGUAUGCAAGCAAAAAAACGAUUCAUAUUAAUUUGGCUUCUUGUUUUACUAUUCAUUUUGGUUAUGUGUUUACUAAAAAUGACUAGAAAACCAGACACUUUGCUCCAUCUGACCUACAAUGCCAAUGAUGUGGAAAAUCUACCAUCUUUCAUGGAUGACUGGCAUCAAAGUUUAGAAGUUGGUCGUCCUCCUGCUGCGAAAACCUAUGAAGCUAGACAACAAAUGCCAUAUCACACAUCACAUAGAAAAACAAACAAGAACUGCAGAAUGGAGACAUGUUUUGACUCUUCGCGAUGUGAAAACGAUUUUCGAGUGUUUGUGUAUCCAUUGUCUGAAUUAGAAACGAGUGGGUUAAUGACUUCAACCCGUAGUGUUUUGUAUCAGAAAAUGUUGGAUAUUAUCGUGGAGUCUAGGUAUUACACAGAUGAAUACACCAAAGCUUGUGUAUUUGUGAUAGCUAUUGAUACUUUAGAUCGAGAUCCCUUGUCUCCAGACUACCUACGUAAUAUUCCUGUGAAAAUGCAGAGACUCAGACAUUGGAACGGUGGCCGAAAUCACGUCAUUUUUAAUCUGUAUUCUGGUUCUUGGCCAGAUUAUAAUGAAGAUGACCUUGGAUUUCAUACCGGAGAUGCUAUUCUAGCCAAAGCUAGUAUGUCAGUCACUAAUAUGAGACCAGGAUUUGAUAUUUCAUUUCCAUUAUUCCACAAAAAACACCCAGAAAGAGGCGGUGAACCUGGUUUUGUUCGUUCCAAUAUAUAUCCUAUUACUAAAAACUAUAAACUGGCGUUCAAAGGGAAACGAUAUGUACUAGGCAGCGGGUCUGAGACUCGAAAUUCUAUUUUUCACUUACACAAUGGAAAGGACACAAUUGUAGUUACAACAUGUAAACACGGAAAAAAUUGGAAAGAUGCUCAGGAUGAAAGAUGUGAUGUUGAUAAUACUUUAUACGAAAAAUAUGAUUAUGGAUCCCUACUUAAAAAUUCAACAUUUUGUCUAGUUCCUAGAGGCCGCCGAUUAGGGUCUUACAGAUUCUUAGAAGCUUUACAGGCUGGUUGUAUUCCUGUUUUGCUGUCUAAUAAUUGGGCUCUGCCUUUUGAUGAAGUUAUAGACUGGAAUAAAGCUGUGAUAUGGGCUGACGAAAGAUUGCUGUUUCAAGUACCAGAAGUGAUUCAUUCAAUAUCAGAAACUAAACUUUUUGCUUUGAGACAACAAACACAAAUAUUAUGGGAACAGUAUUUUAACACAAUUGAAAAAAUUGUGUUUACUACGUUUGAGAUAAUUAAAGAGCGUUUACCUAAAUUGCAAUCUCGGGAUGGCAUAGUUUGGAAUACAUCACCUGGGGCUCUUGUUUCACAACAUUCAUAUACUGAAUAUCUUAAUUUUAACUUACCAUUCAACUAUCAUCUACUGGGUAAACAACCCAGUCCUAAUUUUACUGUAGUAAUAUUCUCACAACAUAACAGUCUAAAUACACCACUAUAUAGAUUAGUUCAUAACAUAGCUGCAAGCAAAUACUUAACUCAAAUAAUUAUAAAUUCAUGUACUGACAACGCUGGAAAAAGUGGAUACCAAAAAAUUGCUGGUAUACAAAUAUUAAUAUCCUCUGGAAAUGGCUGCAGGAGAUUUGAACCAUUGCCAUUUAUUAAGACUGAAGCCGUAUUAUCAUUAGAUGAUGAUGUAGUUUUAACAACAGAUGAAAUUGAUUUUGCAUUUCAUGUCUGGCAAUCGUUUCCUGACCGAAUUGUUGGAUUUCCAGCUAGAUCACAUUAUUGGGACAACGGCAAGGACUCUUGGUUAUAUACAUCAAAAUGGACAAAUGAAUAUUCAAUAAUACUCACUGGUGCCGCUUUCUAUCAUCGAUACUAUAACACACUAUAUACUCAAUGGUUAAGUCCUCUUUUAAUCAAAACGGUUGAACAAUCACAUAAUUGUGAAGAUAUACUCAUGAACUUUUUAGUCAGUCAUGUAACUCGUCGUCCACCAAUUAAAGUAUCACAAAGAAAACACUACAAAGAACAAACUAACAAUGGAAUGCCCAAAUCACCUUGGAAUGAUCCAGAUCACUUUAUGCAAAGACAAACUUGUUUAAACACGUUUGUAGUACUUUUUGGUUACAUGCCAUUACUUCAAUCAAGUGUAAGAUUCGAUCCAAUCUUAUUCAAGGACCCUGUGUCAAAUUUUCGAAAAAAAUAUAAACAAAUUGAACUGGUAUCCAAUUAGUUGACUAUUAUUUGUUUAUUUGUAAAUUUUUUUUUUGACAACAAUUAUAAGGAUUAAGGUAAAUAGCA